CAAAAUAUUAAUGUAGAUUAUUAUUUUUGUUAAACCUAAAGUACGAGUAACAUCACCCCACCAAAGGCCAGUUACUUUCCCGCCAAUCACCCCGAAGCCCAAAGAAUCUACGUCAUCACUCUCAAAUCGCUGUAAUCGUGACUGUGUGAUCUCUGAUUCGCCAGAGCUCUCCAAAAUAUGCGCUUGUCUCGGUAGCGACUCUGCUUGGCGACAGAGCUAGACAGAUGCCACUUACAAAUGUUGGAGUCUCGACUUCAAUCUUGACUUCUUCCAGACUUCCAAGUCAUAAAUUUGACUCACAACCAACCAUGGCUCCGUCAUGACAUAAAACCUCAGCCAUCUGGGCUAGACGUUCCUUACAAAUUGGAAUCUGGGCUGACCUGCUGUGAAUAGCUUCUACUAUACUGCUUUGGGCAUAUGGUCCCAAGGACUAUAAAGUUUCCAUUGCCCGCUUUCCAGAAGUCAAACAUUUGGCCAUCGAGAUCUCUUGUCAGCCACAGCGAUUCCGUGAUGCAGAUACCUCCAACUAUACGGAGAGUCAUGGCUACUGCGGGGCCAGAAUGACCUUUUGACUGAGCGUGGACCUACCACAUCCCGGCGUUUAGGAAGUACGGUAACCUUCGACCAGCGAGCUCUCGCCAAUGACUGUGAUGCGGAAUUACGGAUAUCUUCCGACAUGCGUGCUGCCUUGAGAAGAGCAGCUGCGACUUUGCUGGCAUGACGUUCCCCUGGCAAGGAGGAGCCUUCGACCAUCGAGGUCUCCGAAUAACUUCUACAACACAUGGCCAUGGUUACCACAGGGUCAACAUGGCCUGCUGUUUGGAUGAGCAUGAAGCUCCCAUUCUGCAACUACAAGAAAUAAAUAACCUUUAGUAUAUAGAAUCACACGAUGAAAACACAAGACUAUGCCACCAUUCGCAAACGUGCCUGUCCUGACAGGACCCUGGCAGGAACCAUUGGAACAGGAGAGAGCGCAAGUGAUUCGGAAGGAUAAACCGAGAGAAGCCGAGCACAUCGCUGUAUUUAUCUACAAUCGUCGUCGUUUUUUCAAGUAUUUCUAAACAGAGAGGCAGGUUUGAUCCUGUCUCUUAAUCAGUCAUGGUUUUCGUCGACGGAUAUCCCGACACAGCGUUUUGUCGACGAGCCGGACUACAGGCGACCUCUCUUUACUAACGGGCCUAUCGACGAUCUUCGAGACUUGGCUCCCAAGCUACACACGUUGAAGAGCGAUGCAGACAUCUGCCCUUGUAUCGAUGACUGGGCCGAGAACAGCAUGUUUGAAAGCGGCCCCAGCAACAAGCCCACCAUCCCAGCGGAUGCCAGCGACAUUGGCAACUUCCUCCGCGAACUUCGUGAAUUUAAAGAAUCCGGUUCAAAGUCGGCGGAGAAUCAGAACAACAUAAUCAGUGGACACAGCAGCUCGGCCGCCCACCCCUCAGCCACAUCGAAUAACUCAAAUGGCUUCGCCAGAUCCAGCAAUCACAUGGGGACAAUGCCGGAGGACUUGAGGCCAUUUGCGACUCUUGCGAACCCAGUUAUAAAGCGGCCAGUCCAGAACGGUGCAAACAUCAGGGGCCCCACGGUAUACGGUUAUCCACCUGGUCGCCUGGCUGUUAUGCCAGACAACAAAAGAAGACGAGUUUCCACAGCAAAGGUACUGAGCAGUCCCACUGUUUAUCCCAAAUCCCGGAUUGCAGUCACCCCUACCAAGGCCCAUAUGCAAGUCCAUCCUGGUGCCCCGGAGUUAUCUCCCCCAGAUGAACCGCAAACCCAUACUCACAAAACGGGAAAGAGCAACCCAGUUAGCCGAAAAUGGGCCACCGAGGCUAAGGCCGCUCCUUCCGUUCCCACUUGCGAGCCGUCAUCAAGGCCAUCAAAUGCUGAUGCCGAGGGUGUAUGCUCCACGGACAGCGAUACCACUCCAACGAUUUCGUCAAAGUCACGUGAGAACAGUGGUUCAUCUGACUCCACGGUCCCUGAUACACCAAAGGGGCCCCCACCUGCCCCGAAAGACCCUCCAGCACCUACAUCUGGCGGCCCGGGCACGCGGAGCAAAUCAGCUGCGGUAGACGGCGCGGCCAAUGGGAAGAAUCCGACCAGCGCCGUUUCCGCGAAGCGCAGCGCCUAUCAUGCGAGAUAUAUGUCCUGGUUGAAGAGUUGUCCCGAUGCAAAUUCAAACAAUCGCAAGGAGUAUCGCACUAGAGGUCGUUACCUUGGUUUCCUGAUUGCCAGCAGUAACGCACCCGGUGUGGAAGCUUCAUCAGAUGGCCUUGAUGUUCGCAACGGUGUCCUCUGCCAGAAUGGCAUACCUUUGCCUGUGAUGAAUGGCGUGAACGGCUUUUCUGUGGAUAACGCUCCAGUGGCACCAUAUCAUCUACCGCCGCCAUGUGACUCUACAACUCACAACGGAUCAAUGUACGGCUCUACGAUACACAAUAGUUCAGCGAUGCAGAAUAGCUCAAUUCAGACGUAUGGCCCACCGAUGCAGAAUAGUCCAUUGCCUCAGAAUAGUGCUGCAAUGCAAAAUGGUACAAUGUCAAUGCCGCAGAACAUCCCGCCAACAUACGGCUAUCAGAUGCAUGGAGGCUUGGUGCCGCCGUUUGUCGCACCAAUGCAGAGUGACCCGGUGCCUGCGACCGGUCCCCCGAUGCAGAGUUUCUCAGUGCCUGUGACUGGUGGCCCGAUGCAGAGUUUCUCAGUGUCACCGUUUAUCGCACCAACACAGAAUGGGCCAGCGCCUUCGAACAGCGUCCCGAUGCAUAAUGGCGCAAUGCCACCGAACAGAGCCUCGAUGCAGAAUUUGCCAGUUUCUAAGAACAUCCCUCUCUUGCGCAAUGAUCUUAUGCCGCCAUACGCCGGACCGAUGCAAAAUGGCGCAGAGCCUCCGAAUGGCUGUCCAAUCCAGAAUGGCCCGAUGCCUCAAUACGCUUUACCAAUUCAAAAUGGUUCAGCGCCCCAAUAUGGCCAUCCUAUUCGGAAUGGCUCAGUGCCAUCAUACGGCACUUCAAUGCAUAAUGCUUCAAUGCCACCAUACGGUCAUCCGAUGCAGAAUGGCCCAAUGCCUUUUAAUAGCGCGGCGAUACACAAUGGCCAUAUGCCGGCGUACAGAGCACCGAUUGAGAAUGGCAUUAUGCCGAUAUACGACCCACCAAUGCAGAAUCCUCUAAAGCCCACGAACGGCGGGAAUUUUGUCAAUGUUGCCAAUGCAUACAUUUCUAUUGCUGGAAAUGGAUAUGGUUACAAUGGACAAGAUAUCAACGGACAUGCUAUCAACGGACAUGCUAUCAACGGACAUGCUAUCAACGGACAUGCUAUCAACGGACAUGCUAUCAACGGACAUGCUAUCAACGGACAAGCUAUCAACGGACAAGCUAUCAACGGACAAGCUCUCAAUGUACAAGCUCCCCAUGGAACAGCGCCCCCAAAGAUGCAAGCCCCCAGUGGACAGGGCGUCGGUGGAUAUGUUCCCAAUGGCCCCAAUGGAUGCGCUCCGAAUGGACAGGGGCUCAAUGUAUCUAUUUUCGGUAUGCAAACCUCUAAUGGAGAUGAUAACAACAGCCGACUUGUUAUUGGCCCUAAGGGACAAGCCUAG